UGUCUAAAACACCGUCUGGAACAUUGUCUAUAACACCGCCUGGAACAUUGUCUAUAACACCGUCUGGAACAUUGUCUAUAACACCGCCUGGAACAUUGUCUAUAACACCGCCUGGAACAUUGUCUAUAACACCGUCUGGAACAUUGUCUAUAACACCGUCUGGAACAUUGUCUAUAACACCAUCUGGAACAUUGUCUAUAACACCGCCUGGAACGUUGUCUAUAACACCGCCUGGGACAUUGUCUAUAACACCGUCUGGAACAUUGUCUAUAACACCGCCUGGAACAUUGUCUAUAACACCGCCUGGAACAUUGUCUAUAACACCGUCUGGAAUAUUGUUUAUAACACCGUCUGGAACAUUGUCUAUAACACCGCCUGGAACAUUGUCUAUAACACCGUCUGGAACAUUGUCUAUAACACCGUCUGGAACAUUGUCUAUAACACCAUCUGGAACAUUGUCUAUAACACCAUCUGGAACAUUGUCUAUAACACCGCCUGGAACGUUGUCUAUAACACCGCCUGGGACAUUGUCUAUAACACCGUCUGGAACAUUGUCUAUAACACCGCCUGGAACAUUGUCUAUAACACCGCCUGGAACAUUGUCUAUAACACCGUCUGGAACAUCGCCUGGUUCACGAUGGUUGAAUAUUCCUCGCGAUAUUUUCAAAACUCGACCUUAUUGACCAACGGACUGUCCGUGUCCAGAUCACAUCCUCAUCUAAGCCACUUUGAGCUGACCAUACUCCAUAUAUUGCUGGACAUCUGGAUCUGUUUGUCUAAUGGUAGCCAGCUGAUCAACAUUCUUCUCACUCCUGCUCUAAGGUGUCGACCUCGAAAUAUCUUGGUGGUCAACAUUUGCUUCAUAGAACUGGUCAUCGGUCUCUUUGUGUGUCCCCUCUAUACGGACAGUCUUCUAGUGACCAACUGGCGCCAUAUUGUCCCACUGUGUAUCUCCUUCGAGGCGGUGUUCUACGCUCAGACCUGCGUGUCCACUCUGGCCGUCCUCGUCCUCUUGGUAGACAGGUUCUACUAUCUCCUGUCUCCACGAACUUUGGGCUUGACCUGGAGGUGGGCGGUGACAACGCUGCUGGUCAUCUUGCCGUGGUUCAUUGGACUGUCUCUUGUCUGCCCUCUGGUUGUCUACGGAUCGACCGCCGGACUGAACAAGGACACAAGGUCGUGUCAAGUGAUCUGGAGGACCAAAUACCAGACGACCACUGUGUUUAUCAGUUUCUUCCUUCCCGCCUUCUUGAUCCUCACCCUGGCCACCAUCAGCGUCAUCGCCUACGUCAUUCUGUCCAUUCUGGAUAAGCGGCAGCCCUCCGUUGUCAGCACUGACUGCCACCAAGAGAAGCGAGACUCUCUGUGUGUGAUACUGCUGGCCAGUCUGGCAAGUGUAGCUCUUCAGUUUCCUUACUUCAUCCUGGCACUCAUUGACAUCUUCUGCGAGGACGGCGGAAGACGCUCCUGCGACACAUCUGAAAGCGUCUGGUCACAGGUCAUGCUGGCCAACAUCAUCAAGUCUGGCGUUCUUCCAUUGGUCUGGCUGGCCUACUCCGAUAUCAGGCGUGGGUUCAUGUGCUAUUACCGAAGGUCAAGGCCAUUUUCGAGUGUGCCAUCUUCAGAGGAAGAGAUAGUCUAUAGGUCCAAGUCAACCAUCUUAUAAGGAAACAUUCGAUUGAUAUUGGAUAUAGAAGACAUUAGUUCAAACCUUUCGGCUAAGAAUAUUCUAAAGUUAUAUUUAACCUUUCCGUUAUGGAGAUUUUCAAGUUCAACUAAAGAACUAGGACGCUAAAUAGAACCUCACAGCUGCCAACUAAACUUUGAACUAUAUAUCAAUGUGUGGACGAUGAUCUUCGAAUAUAAUAAUAUAAUUUUCAUAAUAAAAAUAAAUAAAUGUAAA